CCAGGCCAAUCCUGGGGAGUUGGCAACUCUAGUCUUGACACUUACCCUGGACCCCUAACUCUGGCAGGGGGUGUCAAGCCCUGACCGGGGCUGGGGGCACUGGACCCUGACUCGUGGGCUGCAGUGGGGAGCCAGCACUAGCCCUACCGCUGGGAGGCCUGAAUUGUGAGGCACCCCAGAGCCCCCUCGGAAAUAGGGUCUCUCAGCUCCUGCCAUGCUGACCUUUCCCCCCAUCCCCAUCUAGCCAUAAAGAAAGUCUCCUGAACUUGUCCAUGACCUCGGGGGGUCACAAACACCAGGCUGGGAUAAUCUGUCUCAUCCAUGACAGAUAAGUCUGUAGAAGAAUUGCGCCAGGCUGGGUCCUGAAGGAUGGAGCCCGUGGAGACAGCCCAGGCCCCGGAGGGGAGGAGGAAGAGAUUCACCGUGCAGUCACAGGACCCUGAACAUACCAUGGUGAGACCCAUCUUCAAAUCUUCUUGCUCUGCAGCAGAGCCAAGAGCCCCUGCCCUGCCUGGGGCCACCUCCUAUGCCGAAUACGUCGUCGCACAGGUCUCUGAGUCCUCGGCCUCCAUGCCAGUCUCCCGGCCUGCCAGGAUGACAGCUGCGUCAUCGGGGUCCAGAGAGGGAGCUGCCUCAGAAGUGCUCCCUCCAGGCACUGAGGCCAGCACUGUACCCCCUGCUGCCAGUGGGGACUCGGACCCCAGCCCCACGCUGAAACUGGGGGCCAAGAGCAACUGCAUUAUUGUCAGCGCUCGCCAGCGGGGGAACCCCAUCCUGAAAUUUGUGCGCAACGUUCCCUGGGAGUUUGGCGAGAUCGUCCCUGACUACGUGCUAGGCCAGAGCACGUGUGCCCUCUUCCUGAGCCUGCGGUACCACAACCUGAACCCCAACUACAUCCAUGCGCGUCUGCAGCUCCUGGGGAAGACAUACGCAGUGCAGGUGCUGCUGGUGCAGGUCGAUGUGAAGGACCCACACCAGGCACUGAAGGAACUGGCCAAGAUGUGCAUCCUGGCCGACUGCACCCUCAUCCUGGCCUGGAGCCCCGAAGAGGCCGGACGCUACCUGGAAACGUACAAAGCCUACGAGCAGAAACCAGCUGACCUGCUCAAGGAGAAGGUGGAUCAGGACUUCCUGUCAAUAGUGACAGAUUGUCUUACCAGCGUGAAGUCAGUUAACAAGACAGAUGCACUGAGCCUUCUCUCAACAUUUGGGUCUCUGGCGAACAUUGCACAAGCGUCCAAGGAGGAUCUCUCCCUCUGCCCAGGCAUUGGGCCCCAGAAGGCCAAGCGGCUCUUUGACACCCUCCACCAGCCGUUUCUGAAGAUCCCCAAAUGAGCGGAGCACUGCCAGCAGCACAGCCAAGCAGGAAUAAACAGCGCCCCCCCUGCCCAGCAGGCCAUGUGUCCCUGCCAGCACACAGUCUGCUGUCUGCCAGGAAGGCAGGGCCUUGGGGGACACUUAGCAGCACCAGGAACCAAAGCCGUGUUUCUGCAAGUCUGGACUUUGACAAUAAAACAUGCUGUGCAGCAUCACAGCUUGGCCUGGCCACCAAACAGCAUCUCA